UUCUUUUGUCUCGAAGUUCCAUAGUCGCAAUGUCAGGAAUACUUCCAGCAGCAGUCCACACUUCCGAGGCGUCUCCGGUGAAGUCCACCGAGCGAGGUCAAGAUGGCUAUACCAACGCCGUCUACUUCACCAACUGGGCAAUCUACGGCCGUAACUACCAACCCCAAAACCUCCCAGCAUCCCAGAUCACCAACGUUCUCUACGCAUUCAUGAAUCUUCGCCCAUCCGGAGAAGUAUACUCUGCCGAUACAUACUCCGAUCUGGAGAAGCACUAUCCGACCGACUCAUGGAAUGACGUCGGAAACAACGCCUACGGCUGUGCCAAGCAGCUGUACAUCUUGAAGAAGGCCAACCGCCGCAUGAAGGUCCUUCUAAGUAUCGGAGGCUGGACGUGGUCCACCAACUUCCCCGCCGCCGCCAGCACCCCCGAGGGCAGGGCACUCUUCGCGUCGUCCUCCGUCCGGCUGAUGAAGGACUGGGGCUUCGACGGCGUCGACGUCGACUGGGAGUACCCCUCCAACGCCGCCGAGGCCGCCAACAUGGUCCUCCUGCUUCAGGCCGUCAGGGGUGAGCUGGACGCCUACGCCGCGAGACAUACCCCGGGAUACCACUACCUCCUGACGAUCGCGUCACCCGCCGGGCCGAGCCACUACAACAUCCUCAACCUCAAGGCCCUAUCAGACGUCAUCGACGCCUUCAACCUGAUGGCGUAUGACUACGCCGGCUCGUGGGACGCCAACAGCGGCCACCAGGCGAACCUCUACCCGAACCCGGGCAAUCCAUCCUCGACACCCUUCUCGACAGACGCAGCCGUCACGGACUACCUCCGUGCCGGCGUCCCGGCCUCCAAGAUCGUUCUCGGCAUGCCCGGCUACGGUCGCGCAUUCCAGCAGACCGACGGCGUCGGACGGCCCUUCUCCGGCGUCGGCGGCGGGUCCUGGGAGCCCGGCGUAUGGGACUACAAGGCCCUGCCGCGCGCCGGCGCGACGGAGCUGUACGACGCCACGGCCGUGGCCUCGUAUAGCUACGACGGAGGCGCCAGGGAGCUCGUCUCGUACGACACGCCCGCCGUCGUCCGGACCAAGGUCGCGUAUCUGACGGGCAGGGGCCUCGGCGGCUCCAUGUUCUGGGAGGCCAGCGGGGACAGGAGCGGCGGGGUCAGUUUGUUGGCGGCGAGCUUCGAUGCCCUCGGCGGCGCGGCCGCGCAGGACAAGAGCCUGAAUCAGCUCCACUACCCUGACAGCCAGUAUGACAACAUCCGGGCCGGGGUUCCCGGUGGUUGAGGUUGGGGAUUGGCAUUGUGCGUUCUCUUUGACUGGUCCCCGUCUCGAUGAGUCCUCGGGCUUGAUGUAGGUUUGAGUUCUUGGGUUAGGCUGCUCUUCCGUAUCUUUGUCUCAUCCUAGUUGUAUCCAGUUCUGUUGUUCAAGUCUUAGUGUUUGUUACUUUAAUUGAAUC